CAUAAAGCUACAAAAAGCCCAGCAGCAGGGAGAAUUAAAGCCAGCAAUGCUUUAUGUAACCUGUUUUGGGCCUCUUCAGUGACAACAAGACCUUAUCAGUUCUCCUGUCAGGACAGAUCAAGAUUUUCUCUAAAAUGGACGUACGGAUACUGAUCUUCUUCGUUAUUUCAAUAUUUGCCAAUGGAGGCUUUGCAUGCAGAUUUGGCUGGACACAGAAUGGGAGUCUAUGCUACUUAUUUUCCCAUGGAACAUCUACAUGGGCUGAAGCAUCGGCGACAUGUUUGGCCCUUAAUUCACAUCUGGCAAUGAUUACCUCAGACACGGAACAAUCAUUCCUCAUCGAUCAACUUGAUCAGCUACAUCAAACUGGUACCUCUCAUACGCGGUACUGGAUAGAUGGUACAGAUUUGGAAGUAGAAAAUGUAUGGAGAUGGGCCUUAACUGGCGAUAAACUUACUUACACCGCCUGGGCUGACGGUGAACCUAACAAUGCACAAAGAGGCAACUGCAUGAAUCUGUAUGAAGGAGGCGGAUUUAAGAUGGCAGAUGAUGAUUGUGAAUUACGUCUGCAUUAUAUUUGCCAGGAAAAUGACGGAGCGAAUAUCAUCGGUUGAUUGUAAACGCAAUUUUCAAUAAAUCAGUUUUAAUGCGA